CCUGUUCCCUGGCGUGGGGCACGUCCUCUCGCUGGUCCCAGAUGUCCAGUACCAGAUGCCUGGUCUCGGAGUGGGGAAAUAACCACUGGAGAAGCCCCCACUCCACAAGCUGCCCAGGCAAGAUGUGGUGGCUACUCCUCUGGGGAGUCCUCCAGGCUUGCCCCACACAGGGCUCUGUGCUCUUGGCCCAACAGCUACCCCAGCAGCUGACAUCCCCCGGGUAUCCGGAGCCAUAUCUCAAAGGCCAAGAGAACUCCACUGACAUCGAGGCUCCAGAGGGCUUUGCCGUGAGGCUUGUCUUCCAGGACUUCGACCUGGAGCCGUCCCAGGACUGUGAGCGGGACUCCGUCACAAUCACAGCCAGUGGGUUGGAUCCAAGUCGGUUCUGUGGGCAGCAGGGCUCCCCGCUGGGCAGCCCUCCUGGUCAGAAGGAGUUUGUGUCCCUGGGGAACCGAUUGCGGCUGACUUUCCGAGCCCCUGCCUCUUCUCAGGACAGGACCACUGGCCUCCACAAGGGCUUCCUGGCCUUCUACCAAGCUGUGGGUGUGAACCACAGUCAGCCCAUCAGCCGGGCCAGGGAAGCCUCUGAGGCCACCAGCACAGCUGGAGACAACCCCUCCAAGAUCCAGAACCACUGCCAGGAGCCCUAUUAUCAGGCCGUGCCGGCAGGGACACUCACCUGCACACCCCAGGGCCCCUGGAAGGAGACGCAAGACAGGGAGGAGCUUCCUCACUGCAUACCGGUCUGUGGCCGGCCGGUCACCCCCAUCGCCCAGAACCAGGAGGCCCUGGGUUCCUCCAGAGCCAAGUUGGGCAACUUCCCCUGGCAAGCUUUCACCAAUAUCUACGGCCGCGGGGGCGGGGCCCUGCUGGGCGACAGGUGGAUCCUCACGGCGGCCCACACCAUCUAUCCCAAGGACGGCAUCUUUCUCGGGAAGAACCGGAGCGUGGAUGUGUUCCUGGGCCACACAAGCAUAGACGAGAUGUUGCGGCUGGGGAGCCACCCGGUGCGCCGCGUGGUGGUGCACCCGGACUACCGCCAGCACGAGUCCCGCAGCUUCGACGGGGACAUCGCGCUCCUGGAGCUGCGGCGCAGCGUGCGGCUGGGCCCCAACCUGCUCCCGGUCUGUCUGCCCGAGCGCCAGGCCCUCUACCGCAGCGGCGUGUGGGGCUACGUCAGUGGCUUCGGCGUGGACAGGGGCUGGUUAACCACCCAGCUGAAAUACUCCAGGCUGCCCGUGGCCCCGCGCGCCGCCUGCCAGGCCUGGCUCCAAGAGAAGCAGAGGUCUGAGGUGUUUUCUGCCAACAUGUUCUGUGCUGGGGAUAAGAUGAGGCAGCAGAAUGUCUGCCAGGGGGACAGCGGUGGCGUCUAUGUGGUAUGGGAUGAGCGCGCCCAUCACUGGGUGGCCACGGGCAUAGUCUCCUGGGGCGUGGGCUGUGGCAAGGGUUAUGGCUUCUACACCAAAGUGCUCAACUACCUGGACUGGAUCAAGGGAGUGAUGGAGGGGAAGGACUGACCCUGGGGGCGCUCGAACAGUGACACCCAGCUGUGGAGCAUCCCCCCAUCCAGGAGAGGGUUAGGAGGGAGGACUGGGCUCAGGGGUGGCGCUGGGGGCAGGGAAUCCCUAUUCAAGUGACCGCUGUCCUGUCCUUUGUGCGAGAGAGCUCCUCCUCCUUCCCAGUGCCCCCCCCCUCCUCCUUCUCCACCUUCUUGCCCCAGUUUGCGCUCCACCCAGGAAAGCCCUGGACAUCUCAGCCAGUUUCCCUUUAAACUUCAUCUCCUGCUGACACGGCUUUUUCUGUACUCUCCUGGGAGACGGUCACCUUCUCAUCCCCCAGUUCAAGUGGGGUCUGGGGGAUGUGGUCUUAGUUGUUUUCAUUUCUGAAACAUUCCAAAGCCCCUCUAGUUGGCCUUCACACAUUCAGACUGUUGGCUUCACCCCCCCUCCCCCCGCCAACGGUAUCUCCUAGCUGCAAUUCUAGUAAGCAGCCCAUUUUGGCUUACGUGUUCUGCAUACCAGGAGCUUCACAGGUCAUUUCAUUGACUCCUCACAGCAAGUUUGCAACGGAGCUGUUAUUACCCGCAAUUCACAAAUGAGGAAACUGAAGCCCAGGGAGAUAAAGUGGCUUGCCCCAAACCCACAGCUGGGACGGGACUGCCAAGGCCAUGGGCUUCCCAGGACACCAUGAUAGCUCCCGAUUGUCCUCCAGACCUACUCUGCUUCCCCUUCCCAAUCCCCACAUCCUUACAGGUCCUGCCCGGGAAUUCCUGCUUCAGUGAAGAUGACAACACCUCGCUCACACUUCCCUGCUGGCCCCGUCUCCUGCAGACCCCAAGCUGAGCCCAGCACCAGGCUGGAUGUUGGGGCCGACACCCCCCAGUGCUUCUGGACACCUGGGUCUGGGCUCCACCUGAGAAGACCAGCUCUUUAACUUUUAAUAAGGUCUUGAGGUGAUUUACAGUGAAAGACACGAGUAAAAUACGAUUGUUCAAAUGGAAAUAGAAAAUUGAUACCAUAAAACAGAAGAGAGCAAAUUUGCUAGCACUGAAGGUCAAGUUAGCUUACCUGGUUAAAGGUUAAACUGAUCUUUGAAAAACAGCAGGAUUCAAAGUUGUACAUACAUGUGGUUACUUCAAUUUUUUUAAACCAUUUUUAAACCUAAGUAUAAACGACUAUUAAAAACACCCUAAGGGGUGCCUGGGUGGCUCAGUCAGUUAAGUGCCUGACUUUUGGUUUUGGCUCAGGUCGUGAUCUCAGGGACGUGGGAUUGAGCCCCAUGUCGGGCUCUGCAAUCAGUGCGGAGUCGGC